AUGAGACUAAUUUAUUUUUCUUUACUAUCUUUUUCCUCUUCUUUUUUUAUUCAUUUUAUCUAUCGUUUAUUUUUCACUUAUGUGAUAAAGCUUAUUUCAAUUUUUAAAAUUUUGCUAAAAUAUUCGCUAUUCAACUCACUUUUCACACGUGAGCUAUCUAUCUAUCUAUCUAUCUAUCUAUCUAUCUAUCUAUCUCAUUCUAUUCGUAUCUAUCUAUCAGUCUGUCUGUCACAUUUUGUUCGUAUUUAUCUAUCUCAUUCUGUUCGUAUCUAUCUAAUUCUAUUCGCAUCUAUCUAUCUAUCUAUCUAUCUAUCUAUCUAUCUAUCUAUGUGUGCAUCAAUAUGCUGCAUCAAUAAAUCUGAUGUUUCUUCAUAUCUAUCUAUCACUUUCAAACAUUUACUAUUCGUUUAUCACUAUUUUCUGGGGGUAAUUCUCUCUAUACAUCAGUCUGUCUUUCCCAACGACUAUUCGACCGACUUCUUUCUGCUUUGUAACAUCAUCUAUCUAUCUAUCUAUCUAUCUAUCUAUCUAUCUAUCUAUCUAUCUAUCUAUCUAUGUGUUAUGAACCUCAAAUACGUGGACAAUGAUGUCUCUCCUAUGCUCACUAUCCCAUCUAUCUAUCUAUCUAUCUAUCUAUCUAUCUAUCUAUCUAUCUAUCUAUAG